AUGUCGGACCAGGAGAACCGCCAUCCUCGCGCCUAUCCACAGUCUCCCGGUGUGUCGCAUGGCCAAUCUCAGCCUCAUCCUCAGCCAGGAACCCAAGCUCCGUCGCAGCAGUACGCCACACAGUAUCCCACCGGCCCUCACUUCGCGAGCCAGAAACCGCACGCCCAGAUGCAGCGGUCGCCCAGCUACCAGGCCGGAGACGAUACAAGCUAUUUCGAUGACGCUGCACGCUCAGCUGGCGGAGUCAGCUCGUCCCAAUACCCGUACCAUGACGGCCGCGGAGGGGGCAGUGUGCGUGGAUCGCAAGCGAAUAACUUCGGCUCGAGGCACUCGCAGUUCUCGGUCGGGAGCUCUCAGCACUCUGCGGUGAGCCAGGCUUCCUCGCAUGGCUCCUCUGCCUUGUCCGGCUACCAGCACCAGUACCAAGCUCCGAAUUCUGCCUCUCCAGGUCAGCAGCCGGCCUACAAUCCGCAGCAGUUCUCGCACCCUCCUGCUCCCGUGCCCCAACAGGCGAGCUAUAACCCCCAGGCAUUCUCGUCCAUCGGUGGCUCGCAGUACUCCAGCCAGCAGCCGCUGCAGACCUAUAACCCUGCCGCAUACCAAUCUUCGCCCUCGGUGGGCUCCUUUCAGUCGUCUCCCGGUGUAAACUGGUCUGCAGGCACGCCAGUUCAGUCAUCGUACCCUUCCAUCUCGCCAUCAUACUUCCCAUCUUCCCAUGUUGUGCCCACUUCGCCGGUUCCCAUGUCGGCCCGCCCUACGGACAGCUACAACAAUUAUUACCAGCCAAGUCACCAUCAUCAAACGUAUCCACCAAUUGCUUCUCAAACCACUGCCGCUACCCCGGUAUCCGCUCAUCCUUCGGCGUAUUCGUCCUUUCCCUACCCCACUCAGUCUACUCAUUCGCAGUCGACGGUGUCUUAUGGCACAGAGGCAACGAGUGAGCGGCCCAGAAGGUAUUCUUCCGUAAAGCCCACCGCGCAAACUCCCGAGAAUCAGUACUUGCCUAGUCCGCCUCCCCACGGUAUGGCUCUUCAGGAUGCAGGCUACCGGCCUGCCAGUAAACCGACCUAUUCAAUGUCAUCUUCCUCUGGGAGCCCCGCUCCUCCUCCACCUCCGGUACAUCACAGCUCGCAGCCAUUACCCCAACGUACUGAUACCUUGACCCGUCAUCCGCAUUCAAGACCACUCCCUGGCCCACCGUCUGAGUAUGAAGGCGGGGUUGGUUCUACGACAGGACGAAACGGCAGGGAUCAGACAGACCCAAGUUACGAUGACAUUAUUAAAGAGGUAGAGGCCGCCGUAAUGGAAGGGAGGCCAGACACGACCAGGCGACACAGUUCACGAGCAAGACGGCCUCUUCCACAGCAGCCUCCUAUUCAAGAAUCUGAUGAUGCCGCUUAUCCAACUUCUGCUGUAUCUCCAGGCGUGCAAUUACUACCUGACGAAGUCCAAACGCAUACCAAUGGAGGAAAUAUCAGCUCCACUGGGACAGGACAGUACGUCAACUAUAAUGCCUAUAGUGACGAUAGUGAUGCAGAAGUGGCGGCUGGUCUGGAGGCGUUGCGGAUGGCAGAUGAAGAAGAAGCUGCUAUGCGUACUCGGCGGAAUACCCACACAUCAACCACUAGCUCGUUCGGAUACCAGCACCAAGAACCGCCUCCACUUCCUUCAGCCACGGUGCCACCCGCUGAUUCCAGCAGUGAUAGUGAUUUUGCCAUGCAUGAUAUAGGUCUCUAUGGUGGAGGAUAUAGUGCAGACAUGCAUUACGGAGAGGACACUUUAGUGCAAGGUGGUCCCACGGGAGCUCUAGCCAACCAUCCACCACCAGAAGGCAGGGCCAGUACUGCUAAUCAGUACGAUUACCCCAGCAUUGAUCAAGACUCUAUACAUCCGUUCCCAUCAAUCGAAGCCACGGCCAGGGUCGAUGCUGUUGGCACAGGUGGGCUCUCCGAACCAUCGGGCGGCCGUAGAAUGAGCUUCGAACGCGGCGACGAAGCCGCUCUCAGAAGGCCAUCUUCAAUUACAAGCUCCCUCAGUGAUAUGCCGGGAGAAGGGGAGCCACAGGACCUGUUUUUCCACCCGGGAAUGAGUUCCAGGCCUCUACCGCCACCUCCAGUCCCGGCAGGAACCCAUAAUCUACUCCCGCAUCUCAUGCCUGCAGGCACAUAUCGCUCUAAUGAACAGACUGGUCAAAUACCACUUGACCCAUAUAACAUGCCCCCAUAUCCUACUUCGCCUGACACAUAUUCUCAUUCCCAAUCCACUUCAGCCGUUCCCCGCUCGACAUCCCUAUCAGAUCAUACAACCACCCAUAGAACUGCGGACGCCAUCAUCCGGUCGAAAACUGACGCCGAUAAAGCCAAAUCCAAGCAAGCUGCCUACGACUCUUCCAUGUCUACCCCGUCAGUUACUCUUGAUCUACCAGUACUCCCUGCCGGAAAACGGAAGAAGUUUCACCCCACCAAGCUAUCUAGCGAGCAGUUCAGAAAGUGUUCCGAGCCGUGGGCAAUAAGCGCCAUUGUCUCGUGGAUAAGGGAUUUAGCGGAAGACGAGGCAGACUUGAAAGAACAUUCGAUCGUCGAUGCAAUUGUUGCCUUACUUACCCACAAAGUUCCAACCAUGAAUACUGCUGACGCUGAAACCCUCAGUGAGCGGGUCGUCAGGAGCAUGCUCGCCGCAGGAGCCCUGAUCAAGGAUGAAGAAUGGGUCAAAUUUGGCCCGGGCUCGCUUUCUGGUGUCCUAUGGCAGAUUACUGGACAAGGGUGCUAUUCAUCUCGUCUCCAUAAUCAAGAGUAUGAUAUUUUCGGACGAUGCUACUCAUACCACUGCAUGAGGACCUUGAAGAAAAUCAAUCUCAAGAUGGUAGAAGCGCAGAAAAAGGCAGAAGACUGGGCAACGUUUUACAAGAUUGGCAAGGAAGUCUUCUCUACUCACUCUAAGAAGGAGAUUGACCGUCAAAACAAUUUACACGAAAUUGUCACCACUGAAGACUCCUAUAUUGCACAGCUUGAUGUCCUGCGGACCCUUUAUCGGGAUACUCUCGCGUCAUCUCAACCAGCAGUUAUUAACCCUAAACGUCUCGAUAGGUUCUUGAGAGACGUUUUCGGAAAAGUGGAUGCAGUAAAGCGGGUGAAUGAGGAGUAUCUGCUUGCUCAGUUGAAGUAUAGACAAAAGGAGCAAGGCCCGUUCAUUGUCGGUUUCAGUGACAUUUUCCGAGAAUGGAUUCGAAAGGCCAAAGCUGCGUACACAGAAUAUGCAGCAACAUUCCCAAAUGCCAAUUAUCUUGUCCGCCGCGAAGCUGAAACAAACAUGCUCUUCCGCUCAUUCUUGAAUCAGGCACGUGAGAACAGAUUGUCAAACAGGCUGAGUUGGGACACGUACUUGAAAGCACCCAUUACUCGCAUUCAGCGUUACACCCUUCUCUUGAACACCGUUUAUAAGAACAUGGAAAAAGAUUCAGAAGAGAAAGCGAAUCUACUACAAGCUAUCGAGGAAAUCAAGCUUGUGGCUUUGGACUGCGACAACAAAGUUGGAGAAAUGACGAAAAAAAUGGACCUUAAAGAACUAGGCUCGAAACUGCAAUUAAGACCUGAAAUGAAGUCAGUCGUCGAACUCAACCUUGAACAUCUUGGUCGUGAAAUUAUACAUCAAGGUGACCUGCAAAGGCCAAGGACAAAGAGAUUCAAUUGGGUCGAUAUCCGGGCCAUCCUCUUCGAUCAUUAUCUUGUCCUGGCUAAGAUUGUGAUUCACAGGGAUGCGGCGGGUGUAAAGCAUGAGACAUUCGAUGUCUCUAAACUCCCUAUACCUAUGGAUCUACUAACUUUAGUUAGCACCAACGAUGAUCCAGUCGUUAGGUCUGCAGUCAAGGGUAUUGCUCCGGCUAAUCCUCGGACUGGUGCGCCAGGUGGCCUUGUACAUGCUGCAACUGCUCCUCAGGCGAAUUCUCCAGCUCCAGGCGCAGCUGGGAGAUCGGUUACCACCACGGUUUUGGAAAACUCCAGAGACGAGAAAAUUCUAUAUCCUUUUAGGAUUAAGCAUCUUGGAAAACGGGACGUUUACUUUCUGUACGCUCCAACAGCACAAUCACGACAAGAGUGGUGUGAAAAGAUUUACGAGGCAAAGACCAAACAUGCCGCCGCUCUUUAUGCUCAGAAUGCCGAGCCAUUCAGGAUGCGAGUGCUAUCCGACUCCGCUUUCGCUUACUCGGACCAGGCCGUUCCCCCCAGGAGCGCGAUCAUCAAGGGGACCCCUCUCGAUAGAGCAAUUAGGGAGGUAGAGAAGAAGUAUGAACGCAACUUAUCCCGGCCUCUACCUGUUUGCAGGGCUACUGUCAACUGCGCAACCGUGUUUCAACAGCCUCCGGGCAAUAUGAUGUGUGCAAUUGGUACGGAUUAUGGCGUCUAUAUAUCUGCAUACGAUGAUCCUCGAGGGUGGACAAAGGGAAUUUCAAUGUUGCGUGUCACACAAAUCGCCAUCUUUGAAGAAUUCAACCUUUUCCUCUUGAUUUCUGACAAGUCCCUGAUUGGAUAUCACCUGGACUCGAUCUGCCCUGUCAAUGGCACUGUUCAGGCUGACUCACAGCGACGCGCACCACAAAAACUGUCAGGUAACCGAGAAGUAGGUUUUUUCGCCGCAGGGCGUAUGAAGGACCGAGCUUUGGUAUUUUACAAGAAGCGAGAUGGCAUAUCCUCGACAUUCAAGGUCUUGGAACCCGUCCUUCAAAAGUCGUCCUCAACUCGCUCUCGUUUCCUGUCUCGACGAGGCCAAACUGAAUUUUUCCGUGAUUAUGACGAUUUCUAUAUUCCCGCGGAGAGUUAUGGCAUCAACCUUUUCCAAACAUCUCUGGCCAUCUCCACGUCCAGAGGCGUUGAAGUCCUUACCCUAGAUAAGAAGCACCCAUGGUCUGUACCGAACCUUAAGUCUGAGCAGGCAGACGUCCAAUCGCACCUUACCAGCAUCGCAAACAGGGUAAAGGACCUCAGGCCUCUCGGAAUGUUCCGCCUUAGCGACAGUGAGUUCCUUGUUGCUUUCCAGGAAUGCGCCGUAUAUGUCAACAAACACGGAGACGUCAGCCGAAGUGUGGUCAUGGAAUUUGUCGGCAUUGCUCACGCGGCUUGUAUAUGCGGAAAGUUCCUCCUUUUGUUCAACGAGGAUUUUGUUGAAGUCCGAAACGCAAUGAACGGUCGUCUUCGACAGGUCAUAGCUGGAAGAAAUGUGACACUGUUAGAUGAUGGUGGUAACGGAGGUGGUGCCGCUGAACACCCCGCAAGUGCACUAGGCGGCUCAAAUUUCAAUGAUGCAGCUUCUUCCACGACAGGAGCGGGCCGUAACGGUCUUGGAAUAUCAACCGGCUUUGGCACAGUUGCUCGUACUGUCAAGAUCUGUAUGCAGCAUCCCGAACGCGAGAGAAGCCAGAUCGUACUGGAGCUAUUGGAAAACGAAGGACAGAAAGACUAA